CUUUUUGCUCGUUUUGGUGCCUCGAUCUCUCUGAUCUACUACAUUCCAACUUGCACUUUUUUUUCUCUCUCCAUGGAGGCCAAGUUUGAGAAAAUCAGGAAGCAGGUCAACUCCAAAUUGGAGAACCAGAAGCUUUAUGCACGGACUUUGAUUGCCAUUGAAGAGACGAUCCGUGAACAAAAUGGUGCACUCUCCCCGGUGGCCUAUUUUGGUGCUAUUAUGACAACAUUGCAAGCCACAGGAGCCGAAGGUGAAGUGGCGGGUGCACUGGUUUACUUGCUGGAUGUUGUAUUCCCAGAUUUGCCCCAAUCUGUAGUUCGAUCCAAGUUCAACGAUGUUAUGCCAAUCUUGGAGGGUGUCUAUGAAAUGAAUAAGGAGCAGCAACCGGUCGUUCGUUCAAUCAUUGGCUGUAUGCAAGAACUCUUGGCCAACCAGGAUGCUUCAGUUUGGGGUAUGCCCAUGGCAAAGAAGGCAUAUCAAAUGCUGUUGAUCCUCAGUGCCAAUGCAUCGCCCAAGGCUCGCAAAGCUGCUCAAGACGCCGUUCGAAACAUUUUGUCUCGUUCACCACCACCCUGCACUGUCCACCCCGCAGCCAACGGCACAGCCGAAUUCAUAUUGCGCGUUUUGCAGGAAACGACAAAGAAUGAUCAGCAUGCCACUCAACAGAUUUUGGCUCUUUUGCAAUCGAUUGUUCCCUAUUGGCCACCCAAUCAAUUCUCGGUGUUGUGCCAAUCGUUGCUCCAGCUCCCAAAGUUCAAUAACAUCUUCCUCACCAAGGCAACCUUUGAAGUUUUUGAAACUCUUUUUGAUGCCCAGGAAACUGAUAUCGAUGAGCCCAAGUUUGCUGCAUUGUUACGGUCGAUCUGUGAUAUGAAACCUGCAGCUGUCGAUGAUCGAUUGCUGCCAACUUGGCUCAUGAUUAUCAGCAAGGCAUACCCCGCCUAUGCAAAGAUCAACGCAGGUCAAUGUGGUGCCGAUAUCGCUACUGUUUUUACCGUCAUUUUCAAUGAUUUCCAACAAGAGUCCCGCAGCUACAAAUCCAUCGUCAACUGUCUUAUCGCACUGCUCGAUUACUGUGUUACGGACGAUAUGGUUGCUCAAGCAAGCCAAGGCGUUGAGAAUGGCGUGACGCAAAUCGUAUCUGUCGUCGAAAGCGGUUUGGGUGUACAUUUCCAACCUGCUUGGGUUCAAGUGAUGAGCGUGCAGCAAGCCUUGUUCAAGCGUCUGCACUUUGCUUCUUCCCCCUUGAUGAAUGGAUGUGUCGCACUUUUGGGUGAGCUGCGUUUGGCACCAGCUGAAUCGUACAAGGAACAGUUGGACAAGACUUUGGGUGCUGCUAUUGCAACCAUGGGCCCCGAGAACUUUUUAUCGAUUCUACCCCUCAACCUUGAAGGCGAAGGUGUCGGCCGUGCCUUUUUGUUGCCUCUCCUCAAGACAUACAUUACCAACACCAACCUGUCGUACUUUGUCAAUGUGUUGAUUCCUCUUGGCGAUCGUUUGGCUGAAAAGGGACAGUUGGCUACAGGUCGCGAAAUGGCGUUGCAGGCUAAGGUUUACGAGACACUUGUCAACCAGAUUUGGAGUCUUGCGCCCGGCUUUUGCGACCUUCCCAAGGAUUUGUGUGAGGCAUUCAACGACAGCAUCGCCGAACGAUUUAGCUCGUUGCUUUACUCUCAACCCGAGUUGCGACCCACCGUUGCCCAAUCGCUGCAGUUUUUGGUCGAAAAGAACCAAGCUCUCGUUCGUUCGGCUGCUAGUGACGAAGAUUUGCAAAAGGCCUAUGGCGUAAGCAAGACCCAAGCCAACGAGAAUUUGAAGCACAUGAGCAAGUUCUCUGUCAACUACUUGGCUGUAUUCUUCAACGUCUACAGUCAGAUUGCCUCCGCGUUCCGUGGUUUCUUGGCUGAAGUCGUCAAGAGCUACUUGAGCAUCGCUACCCCUCAAGACGUUAACUCGACUUUCAAAAAGGUCUUGGGUCUCUUGUCGCAAGCAUUGGAAUCCGGCGCUUCCGCUGCUCCUGCAAACGACCCUUCAAUGCCUCCACCCAUGUCUCACACCAUGUUGGACCUUGCUGUGGUCAUGAUUCCUUAUUUGGAUGCUGAAUCCGUAGAAUUGCUGUACAAUGGCACUGUCACUUCCUUGCUUGCCAAAGAAAACGAGCCUCCUUUGCAAAAGAAGGGCUACAAGAUCCUCAAGCAUUUGAUCGACUCGCCAAAUGGCCGUCAAGUUGCCUUGAACCAUAUUGACGAAUUACAGGCCAAGGUUUUGGAAGCUACAGCAUCAUGUACCGUCUCGGCUCGCAAAGACCGUAUCAAGGCAUUGCUUGCUAUCGUUCAAAUUCUCCCAUCCAGCGACUUGCACUUUAUCCCUGCUAUCUUGUCAGAAACUGUCAUUAGCUCCAAGGACAGCAACGAAAAGACUCGUAAUGUUGCUUUCAGUUUACUCGUCGAGAUGGGCGAAAAGAUGAAGCAGGGUGGUGUUGUCAAAAACAGCAAACUGGAAGGUUUGGACGAAGCUGUUCCUGAUGCUCCUGCCUCUAUUGGCGAGUAUUUUACCAUGGUCACUGCUGGUUUGGCGGGUACAACCGCGCACAUGAUUGCUGCUACAAUUACCGCCAUGUCACGUAUCUUUUUCGAAUUUAAGGAUGAAAUCUCCCCUGAUUUGGCUUUGGAAUUGAUGCAGACGAUCAACGUCUUUGUUGCUGCCAACAACCGUGAAAUUGUGCGUGCCGCUUUGGGUUAUGCCAAGGUGUGCAUUGUCGUGCUGGAUGACAGCUUGGUAGGCCCUGAACUUGUAAAUAUUGUGGACAGCCUGCUUAAGUGCAGCCAUCAAACGCGCAACCACUUCAAGCCAAAGAUCAGACACAUCUUUGAGCGCCUAAUCCGACGAUUCGGAUAUGACCGUGUAUCAGAGGCUGUGCCUCAAGAAGAUAAAAAGCUGAUCAGCAACAUUCAAAAGCGUCGCAUGCGUGCCAAGAGAAAGAAAGCGACCGCUGCUGCCGGUGGUGAAGAAAGCAGCGACGAAGAAGACAAUGCUGCUCGUGCAUCUGCCAAGAAGGUCGGUGCUGGUUUCCACGACGCAUACGAAGAAGUCUUGUAUGGCAGUGAAAGUGAAUUGGAAGGCUCGGACGAUGAUGAAGACAACGAGAUGAUUUCCAACGUCAAGGCAGCACUUGCCUCGAAGAACGGUGCCACCAACAACAAGAAAUCACACAAACAAGAUGCAGACACGUUUAUCCGUGAAGGUGCCGAUGACACACCAUUGGAUUUCUUGGAUCGCUCUGCCUUGGCUCGCAUUACUUCUACCAAACCACAACAAAAGAAGAAGCAAAACCUGGCCAAGUCUGCACAGUAUGACGAUGAAGGUCGUAUGGUGUUCAACGAGCCGGGAGAUGCAGGCAAUAGCGAUGGUGAUGAUGAUGAAGAGGAAGAAGAUUUCUACAUGCAAGCACAAAAAAGUGCGGAUGGAUUUGUUCGUAACGAGCAAAACAAGAUCAAGUUCAAAAAGGGCGGUAAGGACGCAGAUGAUGAUGAUGACGCCAUGGAUGUCGAUGGUGAAAACAAGCGGAAAAAGAAGCGCGCUGCCAAGCAGCAAUACGAACUUAUCGGCAAGGAGUAUCGAUCCAAACGAGCCGGCGGUGAUGUCAAAUCCAAGAACAAGGCUGAUCCAUACGCAUACAUGCCACUUGGAAAGGUCAUCAAGAAGAAGGGUCGAAGCAAAGGACCCAGGGUCACAUUUACCGGCCGAGUCAAGCGAUAGACCAUCCCCAUCAUCCAUCAUCACAAACAAGAAAAGUUUUCUUAUUCCUUUCAUUUGUAAUAUCUCUCUUUCUUUUUCCCUUCCUAGUUGUUGCAAUGCAUUAUCAUCAUUACUCUAGUCUCCAUCCACUUCCUUUUCUUAUAACUUUUUUCAUUUAGAAUAAGCUUUUG